CCUGCCUGGGAUUCUUUCUCUUCUGUUCUCUUUGUCCCUCCUCCCCUUCUCACUCUCGCUCUCUCUCUCAAAAUAAAUCAACUUUUUAAAAAUAUGAAUUUGUUAACAUUUCUUCCAUUGUAUGUAACUCAUAUAGUCUGGCUCCUGUGAACCUUUUCAGCAUCAUGCUCCAGACUCACCCUCUGUCUGUUCUCCAUCUGGGGAUGGUUUUUGAAUAUGCCAUAUUCACUCCUUCCACUUGGCCACUCCAUUUGUUCCCUCUGCCUGAAAUGUUUCUCCAUCCCCUAUCCCAACAGCUCCAGUUUCCCUUCUUCAGGGACUCCUCCUCUCCCCCUCAUUAACCUAGGUCCCCCGAUUAUGCUUUCAUUGGCACCAUGUACCUUUUCAGGAUAACACUACUGCUGUUGUUGUUUUGUCUUUAUUUUCAUGUUUGUUUCAUUAAUGUUUGUCUCACCAAUUAGUCUCUAAACUCCUAUGGGCAAGUAGUUCCUUUUUUCCAUGUUUCCAGUGACCAGUGCAGGAAUGGACACAUAGUAGGUUUUUAGUGAAUAUUGUUGAGUGACCUUCUACAGAUAUCUCUGGGGCCCACCCAGUGGCCAUUAGCCCCUUUCUUUCUAGCACAACCCUGACUUGGUUGAAGUAUUUACUUUCCUCCAGCUGCUCUAGGGCAGCUGGCCCAGGCCCCAACUCCAGUUCUUGAUCCAGGGGGUAAAUUUUUGGUUACUCUAACCAAAUCAACAUAGACAGAAAGAUGGAAAGAACCUGGGUGCUUAAUGAUGUUGCUGAGGUGCUAUAAAUAAACCAGUCCUGGGACAGUUCUACCUCCAUGCAACUCUGUUGUGUGAGAUAAUAAAUCCUCUUAUUUGUUUAGGUCAAUUCAGUUUUCUUUUCCUGAAAAUAUUCUAAUACAGAAUGUCUUGAGUAAAUGAACAGAUGAAUAAAUGAACGACUUCAACUCACGUCUUCACCAGUCCCUUUGUAGUUGAAUUUUCGUUCUCCUCAUUUCUAUAAAGCAUUGGGCUGCUCGUAGAGAUGCUGACCGGUUUUGAACACAGUGCUGAAAUCCCAAAUAACUCCUCUGUGCUUUGAGAAUUGAGAACCUAAAUGCCUCAUACUCUGAACUUGAACUCACAUUCUUCUUCACCUCUCACCUUUUGGCUCCGCACUCUGUUCAUAACUUUUUGGGCAAGCUCUUCUCUGAGGAGGUUGAGAGUCAGAUUAAGUCAUACCCAGCAGUUUCCUGUUUGUGAGCCUUGAAGCUCUUGAAGACUGCGGGCAGGUUUGACAGAACCUGUAGGUGUUUUCAGACGCUGAGCUGAUUCAUCCCCUUUGGUUGCUAAUUCUCCCCAGCUACCAUACCAUCUCUUCUCUCUGGAUACUGCACAGUUUCUCUUUGUGUGGGGAUAGGAUUCUCAAGACCUGCCCACUCCAUGCAUUCUGUGUCUUUUCUACGUUUUGGUGGACACUCACUGACCUGUCACAAGGUUGCCCUGCAAAGCUUUGGGGUCCAUGUCUGAAUGGAUUGCUGUAGCCUUCUCAUCUCUCCCUUCGCCCAGUUCCCUGCAUCCUAAGACUCGAAGCCAGCACAGAGCCUGGAAAAAUUACAUGGUGUGAACGGCAUGUCUGUGGAUGAGAAGCCUGACUCCCCCAUGUAUGUGUAUGAGUCCACAGUCCACUGCACCAACAUCCUCCUGGGCCUCAAUGACCAACGGAAAAAGGAUAUUCUCUGUGACGUGACUCUGAUCGUGGAAAGGAAGGAGUUCCGGGCCCACCGGGCUGUGCUGGCCGCAUGCAGUGAAUAUUUCUGGCAGGCGCUGGUUGGACAGACGAAAAAUGACUUGGUGGUCAGCUUGCCUGAGGAGGUCACGGCCAGGGGCUUCGGACCGCUGUUACAGUUUGCCUACACCGCCAAGCUAUUACUCAGCAGAGAAAACAUCCGCGAGGUCAUCCGCUGCGCCGAGUUCCUGCGCAUGCAUAACCUGGAGGACUCCUGCUUCAGCUUCCUGCAGACCCAGCUCCUGAACAGCGAGGAUGGCCUGUUCGUGUGCCGAAAGGACGCUGCGUGCCCCCGCGCGCACGAGGACCGUGAGAACUCCGCGGGGGAGGAGGAGGAGGAAGAGGAGGAGACGAUGGACUCGGACACGGCCAAGGUGGCUUGCCCCAGGGACCAGAUGCUUCCAGACCCCAUCAGCUUUGAGGCCGCUGCCAUCCCAGUAGCAGAGAAGGAAGAAGCUUUGCUGCCCGAGUCCGAUGUGCCGCCCGACAGCAAGGAGAGCUCCGAGAAGGACGCGUUAAGGCAGUACCCCAGAUACAAGAAAUACCAGCUUGCAUGUACCAAGAAUGUCUAUAAUGCAUCAUCACACAGUACCUCAGGUUUUGCAAGCACAUUCAGUGAAGAUAACUCUGGCAACAGCCUCAAGCCGGGGCUUGCCAUGGGGCAGAUUAAAAGUGAGCCGCCCAGUGAAGAGAACGAGGAAGAGAGCAUCGCGCUCUGCCUGUCCGGAGAUGAGCCUGACAUCAAGGACAGAGCGGGGGACGUCGAAAUGGACCGGAAACAGCCCAGCCCUGCCCCCGCCCCCGCCCCCCCUGCCGGGGCCACCUGCCUGGAGAGAUCCGGGAGUGUGUCCUCCCCCUCCUGCUUAAGGUCUCUGUUCAUAACAAAAAGUGUGGAGUUGUCUGGCCUGCCCGGUACCUCUCAGCAGCACUUUGCCAGGAGUUCAGCGUGCCCUUUUGACAAGGGGAUCACUCAGGGUGACCUUAAAACUGACUACACCCCUUUCCCGGGGAGUUACGGACAGCCCCACCUGGGCCAGAAGGACGUGUCCAACUUCACCAUGGGGUCGCCCCUCAAGGGGCCUGGGUUGGAGGCUCUCUGUAAACAGGAAGGAGAGCUGGACCGGAGAAGUGUGAUCUUCUCCUCGAGCGCUUGUGACCAAGUGAGCACUGCGGUGCAUUCAUAUUCUGGGGUAAGCAGUUUGGACAAAGACCUCUCUGAGCCGGUGCCAAAGGGUCUGUGGGUGGGGGCUGGCCAGUCCCUCCCCAGCUCACAGGCCUACUCCCACGGUGGGCUGAUGGCUGACCAUUUGCCAGGAAGGAUACGGCCCAACACUAGCUGCCCGGUGCCAAUCAAAGUCUGCCCUCGCUCGCCCCCCUUGGAGACCAGGACCAGGACCUCCAGCUCGUGCUCUUCCUAUUCCUACGCAGAGGACGGGAGUGGGGGCUCACCCUGCAGCCUCCCUCUCUGUGAGUUCUCCUCCUCGCCCUGUUCCCAGGGAGCCAGAUUCCUUGCCACAGAACAUCAGGAACCAGGCCUGAUGGGAGAUGGAAUGUACAACCAAGUCCGACCCCAAAUUAAAUGUGAGCAGUCUUAUGGAACCAACUCCAGCGACGAAUCCGGAUCGUUCUCGGAAGCAGACAGUGAGUCGUGUCCUGUGCAGGACAGGGGCCAGGAGGUCAAACUUCCCUUUCCUGUAGAUCAAAUCACAGAUCUUCCAAGGAAUGAUUUCCAGAUGAUGAUUAAGAUGCACAAGCUAACCUCAGAACAGUUAGAGUUCAUUCACGACGUCCGACGGCGCAGCAAGAACCGCAUCGCGGCCCAGCGCUGCCGCAAGAGGAAACUGGACUGUAUUCAGAAUUUAGAAUGUGAAAUCCGCAAAUUGGUGUGUGAGAAAGAGAAGCUGUUGUCAGAGAGGAACCAGCUGAAAGCCUGCAUGGGGGAGCUGCUGGACAACUUCUCCUGCCUUUCCCAGGAAGUGUGCCGCGACAUCCAGAGCCCCGAGCAGAUCCAGGCCCUGCACCGGUACUGCCCCGUCCUCAGACCCGUGGGCCUCCCCGCAGCCUCCAGUAUUAACCCUGCGCCCUUGAGCGUGGAGCAGAACCUGGCCGCCUCCCAGUGCGCGGUGGGGGAAAGCGCCCCCUGCUGCCUGGAGCCGGGAGCGGCUCCCCCCGGGCCCCCCUGGGUGCCCGGCAACACCUCGGAAAACUGUACUUCCGGGAGGAGGCCGGAAGGCGCUGACCCCGGAACCUUCUCGGAGAGAGGGCCUCCUCUUGAAUCCAGGAGCCAGACGGUGACCGUGGAUUUCUGCCAGGAAAUGACUGAUAAGUGUACGACCGACGAACAGCCCAGGAAAGAUUACACCUAGUGACGCGGCCUGCCUCCCAGUUCUCACGCCUCUCCCACCCAGGUGUUCUCCGGUCAGCCUGUGGUGCUGCUCAUCCGUUGUCUGGAAGAACCGAGAAGGAAUUUGGUGCACACUACAGCGUUCUUAGCAGCAAUACUGUUUCUGAGUAUUCCCUCCUCUCUUCAAGCGGGAGUGAUAUACAGUUCCCUUCACAAUGGUGCUACCCCUUGCUCAGGCGAGGAAAGACGGGCGGUGCUGACGCUGCCUGUCUGUGGGUUAAUUUCAGUCUCAACAGGGAUAGACUAGAACACCUCUAGGACCCAACCACGGAUUUUUUUUCUCAGUGGCCCAUGUCACAAACCCUAUCUCAGGAAUUUCUUCUGAAUGUUCAAUUUUUUUCAUUGAAGACAGCUUCUAUACACAUCAAAGUUUUAUAGCUAGACUGUACAUAUUAUAUAUAAUAUAUAUAUAUAAGAUAUAUAUAUAUCCAUAUGCAAAAGUCCUGCAUGCCUCAAUUUUCUCAUCCUAAAACUGGAAAACUUCAUUUCUCAUUUAUAAACAGGUUCCAACAUUCCUCUUCUUUUGUCUCCGAUGCUAGAACUAGUUUGGUAACUGUUAACAUGGUCAUUUUUCUUGCUUCACAGUUCAAUUUCAAUUUGUACUUAUUUAUGGAACAGAAUUCAAUGUUGGAAACUUCUUUUGAGGUUUUAUUUCAGACCCUUUUUUUGUUUGUUUGGUUUGCUUUGGGCACCGUCAGAUGGUGUCAUCUGAGUGUUGUGGGUUGUUUUUUUGUUUUUGUUUUUCUUGCAGAUACUGUACAGUCAUGGUCAACUUUGCCACUUGCACUGAGUUUUGGGUCAAACCUAUUUUCUUAAAUGAAGUUGUUAACUUCGGUAUAACUCGAGUAUACUGUAUAUUCUUUGCUUUUAGUUUAAAAGUAAGACAUUUUAGCUAAUUAAGAAGCACUCAGGUGAUAAUUAUGUAGGAAAAAUAAUCUUGCCAAAUAAUGAAUUCAUCCUAGGAUGUGUAGACAAUAAUCUGCUUGAAUAUUUUUAUAUUUCACCUCCUCCCCACCUUUCCCAGAAGCAAAGUUUAAAUGCAGAGAGUUCAGAGUUGAUGCUGGAUGUUCAGACUCCUAAGUGGGGAGAGAGUUUGGACGUCCACUCAAAAGUGCAUCCAAACAGCAGGAACCCAUGAUUUUGUACCAGAACUCAGCAGGCAUUGGCUCCUAAAAAUCAAGUUAGAACUAUUUUCUCACCCAGGGGGCAAGUCCCAUUCAUUUCAACCCAUCCUCAGGCCCCUGCCUGCCCGUGAAAGUGCAGUGCAGGAGGAAUUUCUUGGAAGGAUUUGUCUGAUCAGCCACCCCACUCCCUUGCCCAGGCCCCAGCUCCCAGGACAUCUCACCUGAGUGGGUUUGAAUCACAGCGCCAGGCGUCCUGGGUUAAUGCAGUUCACCCAGAGUAGGAGAGAGCAGGGCACAUGUAAGCCUGGGGUCUGUCCCUAAUACAGGCAAAAGCAUUUCUUUCUCCCUCCCUUCUCCAAAUGCUUUGAGUUGAAUUCUGAGGUUUUUCUGCUCGUCUCUUGUCCAAAGGCAGAUUUCAUUCUGAGGCUUUGGAUACAGUAUGGCCAAGGAGCCCUCCCUAUCCCCUUCCCCCACCACACACACACCUACCCUCACCUGAUGAUAAUUUUCUUCUCUUGCUGCAAAACUGGUUGGCUUGCAACCCACAGAGAGCAGCUUCCCUUGGCUCUGGGGGCGUGCUGGCCCCUGGCCACGUUUACAGGAAGAUGUGCCCAAGACCCUGCCGCCAGCCUAAGAGGAGGAGGAAUCCGCUCCCUCCCUCCGGUCGGCCUUCCAGCCUGGCUGCAGGUAGAGUCCUGAAAGGUUUGAUGUGGGGAUGGGGUGGUGGGCAGUGGGGACUAGAUGGUUGACUUUGUUUCUUUAUUUGUGCCAUUGUUUGGACAAUAUUAAAGCUGCAUGUAAAAGGGGAAAUUAGUAUAUGACGUAGGCGAAAAGUGAAAUCAUAGUAACAUAUGUUUUAGUAUUAUUAACUCUUUUCUGUACAAAUAUUAGCGCUAAAUGUUUAAAUAUGUAUGAAUGCCAGAAAUUUGUUGGUUCAUGCGGUAGGAUAAAAAAAAAAGGCUUUUCUUUUAAAAUAGUUCCGCUUUUAAAACCUGCCUCUGGGUUUUUGUUUUUUCUCAUGUGCGUGUGUAUGUGUGUGUGCUAGUCUGAGUCAGAUUUUGGUAAAGCUCAGCGUUGGAGCUGCCAUUUUUAUUAUGGUUGUUGGAAUUUCUUGGCCUAGUGGAACGGUUCUGUGCUUCACCGUGGGGUUUGCCUUUGUGGAAAACUGGUGACAGCUGGAAUUUAAAUUCAAUGUGAAUCAUGUGAUACAUCACAGGUGAUAUACAUCCACAGGUGUUAAUGGUGGAGGAGUCAGCCGACAGUAUUGUUUAACUCUCGUGUUGCCUUUUUUAAGUGACCUCCUCUUCUUUUGAAAAAAGAAUGUUUUCUGCUAGUAUCAUAACCAGGUCCAAACAAGCUCGCUGGCAUGACUUACCCUGGCGACAACUCAUGUGCAACUGGUAGUCUUGACCACAUUCCAUCAGUCUCCCCGCUGUCUGUUGUUUGGUCCGCACACACACACCUGUGCCAUGGCCAUUUCCAGGUGGGGAGGGGUCUCCUUAUUUCCCUCCACCCUAACUCAGCCCACAUCCUCCUUCCACCCACCCCCGCCUCGCUUUUCUCCCCCUUCCCCAAUCAAACCCCUACAAUGGGACUGGUUAAAAACACUGCUUGGAAAACUGUCUUUCCAUUUCUUAGAGAUUUUUAACAGGUUGUUAUGAUUUUGUUCACUAUGUACCAUAAACAGUGACUGGCUUUGUGCAAUUGUCUAUGUGACUCGUCUUGUCUUUUACUACCCUGAACCAUGUGUUCAUCCAAAUUGUUUCUGGGUUGAUUCAAAGGGAGGACUAGUUGGGGACCAGAAUCCAAAUUGCCUCAAGUGGAGUUUUAAGAACCAACCUGUCUCCUUUCCCUGGGAUCCCUUAGUGAGGCCCAUGUCUUUUAUGAAAAAGAAAAACAAGUUAAUAGCAAAGAACAGUGUUUGCACAGCAUGGUGGCAUUUAAUUGUGCUUUUAAGGGUCCUUCCUUACAAAAAUAAAGGACCCUGCUGCCAUGGCCUGCUUAGGAGGAUCCCUGCCACAGCCGAGUUGGGUCUCCAAAAACGUAGGCAUGAGCCUUUGGGGCAGGAACAGUGGAGGUGGCCCUGUGGCUGGUUAACAUCCGCCUGGAUCUAGUCCUCCCCUUGGAUCCACCUUUGUUCUACUUGUGUGUCCAGACAACCUCACUUCAUUCAGGUUGGUCAGGCUUUGGGCAGGUGAGUGCUUUGCUGUAUGUGUUUGUUUCUCUGCGUUAUCUGGGGGUGCCUUGAAUAAAAUCAAACUUCAUUACAUACUGAUUCUGGAACAAAACAGUUGCGAAAACAAAACAAAAGAGCUGUCAAACUUACUAGGCCAUCCUGCUAUUUCUAUUCCGGGUUCCCUACCAAUGACUCAGGCGUCAGAGGUGAUGCUGCAGUAUAAAACAUUAUUUUGUAUAUUGUACAAGUAAUUUAUUAACUGUCUUUCUAAAAGUAUGCUGCUUUUAAGAUGCACUAUGACUUUGGAUUUAAUCCUUGUAUUGCUUUCCUGAGGAAGUAAAAAAAAAAAAAAAAAUAGUGAUUAGAAUGCCAGCUGCCACUUCUCCUUAAAAAGGAGGCCAGGGACCAGCCCUAGGACUUGCAUGACAGAACCGCCAGACAUCGAGUGGGCACAAUGUGAAGUUCAAAGCUAUUAUCAAGAGGUCUAGGAGCGCCUGACUGGCUCAGUCAGUAAAGCAUGCGACUCUUGAUCUCGGGGUUGUAAGUUUAAGCCCCAUGUUGGGUGUAGAGAUUACUUAAAAAUAAAAUCUUCUAAGAUAAAAAAAGAUCUAUACCUACACUUUCUCUUUUAAUAUUUUAUAAUUGCCAUUAAAGAAGAAACAAAGGUGUAUAAAGUAUACACCUUUUAAGAAACUGCGAAGUCCCGUCCCUAUGGGCCGCUCCACACCCUGUGGUAGCAGAACCCUCUCAGAGCGAGUAAGGCCUGCAAAGCGCUUUCAGACCCCACUUAGCUGGACCUCUACAUUACACCCCAUUUAAACUAGCAGCUGCUUAAUAAAUGACUUCAAUCUGCUCCCCUACCGCUUACAGUCUUGAAGGAGUCGCAGACCUGGAAGGGAGCAAGAAUCAAGUUUUGUCCUCAAAUUACUGUAAAUAGACUGAGGGACAGAAUUUUUUUUUUUUUUUUUUUUUUAAAGAAUAAAGCUGUUCACUCUAUCAUGAGUUAGUAUCUCUUCCCAAAAUUGAGGAUCUUGUUGUAGGUGCAGUUUUUGGCGAGUCAGUCCACAGUGCCGUGCCCUAUGUGGAGUUGGUUUUCGUGCAGGAAGUCUGUGUGCAUAGAGGCAAUCUGUGUUCAAGCUGUAUGUUUCCAGUACCGCCCGAGCCAUCUCCUGACCCAAGCAUCAAGGACUGAUGCUGUAGAAUAGAAUAUAUUUGUGCACAAAUAGUGUGUGCAGAUAGUAUUUGUACAUAGAAAGGACCUAUUGUGGCAAAUUGAGGAUAAAUUAUUCAACUGACGGUGCAAACACAUUUCUUGCGAAGAAAAGGAAGUGUAUAGUAUUUUCCUACACUCCACCCUGGGAGGUGAUAUUUAUAUCCAGUGAAUAUCCACGCAUUUUAAUCAUAAUAUGAAAAUGACGCUGCCGUUCUGUGAAGAAUACCCCUUGGUUGCAGAGGCCCCACUUUGUAGCUUUGGUUUGAUGUUGUGACAUGGUGCAUGCGUCUCGCUAUCAAGCAAUGGCUAAACAACUCUGACUUUCACUUCAUUCCAGUUUACUGACCUCAGAUAAAACAGUGGCCCUCCUUAGAAGCAGAAGUGCACCAAGACCAUCCAUUCAGUGCCAAGUGUUCCUGGGGGGUUAACGGACACAUAGAUGAGGAAAGAGGGAAGGGACUUGGACAAAGAGGGUUUUUCCUACCAAUGAUGCUAAGUCUCCUACCAAAACAUGUCUGCAGGCAGAGGGGUGACCUCCACCUGGUCCUAACGAUGCAUUGGGUGCGUGUGAAUGCUGGGAUGCCGUCAUUCACACUCUGACACAAGAGACCCGCCACUUCUAGUGAGUGAACAGGAACCUUCCAAAUGCACUUGGGAACUUUGGGCUCUGGUUAGACACAGCCGUUCAAGGCAAGCACCACCUUUGCUUGUGAGGCCAAAAGGGCCUGGGAGAAUUUGUUCCAGAACCAGUCUGAUACAAGUGCACCUCUAAUAUAUGCCUUACAAACUCCAGAGGCCAUAUUCAAAACAGGGUCUUCUCAGUGUAUGCAAGGGGCCACAGCCCUUCUUCUCUUCCUCCCCAGGUCGAACAAUACGGACAGUUUCACACAUAUCUACCUGUAUAACCCUCUGUACCUCUCAUAACUGCUCAACGACUGUAACAGGUUACAUCAGGUGUUUUUCUACAUACUUUUUACACAGAUUCUAUGCGAUUAAUGUAACUUAAUUCAAUGCAUCAUUUUAUUGUACUAGUUCUUAGGCUUGUCUUUUUUUUUCUAAGUGAUUGUGGUUUUUGUUGUGGUUUUUACUGUAAAAAUGAAAUGGCUGUUGAUGCUUAUUCUCUGUAACUAAGAAUUUUUACCUUUUUUGGGGAAAAAAAAGCAUUGCUAUGAACUAAUGAAUUGAAACUUCAUUUACUCAUUGUAAAUACACUAUUGUGCAAAAAAAAAAUUUCACUCAGUUGAAUUGCUAGUGUUAACUGAAUUUUGUCUCGACACCAUUUCUGUUGAUGAAAUAAAGACAUAUCAUUAUGCA